CCUCCCCCUCCUCCCCGCCACCGCCGCGGGUCUCCAUCUCCGCAGUCCGGGCCGCCGGUGCAGAGGCUGCCGCAGCCCCAGCGGCCCCCGCCCCCAACCCCAACCCCAACCCCAACCCCCGUCCCCAUUGUCUCCCGCUGCACCCAGCCGCCGCCCCCCCAGCCAUGGCGCACGAAGCCGGGAGAGGCUCCCUUCUCAGGGGGCCCUGCGGGGAGCCGGCGGAGCUCGGAGGUGAUGCUAGCGAGGAGGACCACCCCCAGGUCUGUGCCAAGUGCUGCGCGCAGUUCACCAGCCCGACCGAGUUCCUCGCCCACCAGAAUGCGUGCUCUACCGAGCCCCCCGUGAUGGUGAUCCUCGGAGGCCAGGAGAACUCCGGCAGCGCUUCCGAGCCCCGGCCCGAGGGCCACAGCAGCCCCCAGGUCAUGGAGGUGGAGCACGGCCACCCCCCGGAUGCUGGGCCCUCCGUGCCCACGGACCCCACCUGGGGGGCGGAGCGGAGAGGAGAGGAGGCAGCGGGGCAUUUCCUAGCCGCUGGCACAGGGACAGCUGCCGCUGGGGGAGGAGGAGGAGGAGGAGGAGGAGGAGGCCUGAUCUUGGCCAGUCCCAAGCUGGGAGCCACCCCACUGCCUCCAGAGUCCACCCCUGCGCCGCCGCCGCCUCCUCCGCCCCCACCGCCCCCACCGCAGCCCCCGGGCGUGGGCAGCGGCCACUUGAACAUCCCCCUGAUCCUGGAGGAGCUGCGAGUGCUGCAGCAGCGCCAGAUCCACCAGAUGCAGAUGACCGAGCAGAUCUGCAGGCAGGUGCUCCUGCUCGGCUCCCUGGGCCAGACGGUGGGCGCGCCGGGCAGCCCCUCCGAGCUACCGGGGACGGGGACCGCCACCACCGCCUCCACCAAGCCCCUGCUUCCGCUCUUCAGCCCCAUCAAGCCCGUGCAGACGAGCAAGACCCUGGCGUCUUCCUCCUCCUCCACCUCCUCCUCCUCAGGGGCAGAGACGCCCAAACAGGCUUUCUUCCACCUCUACCACCCGCUGGGGUCGCAGCACCCUUUUUCUGCUGGGGGGGCUGGGCGAAGCCACAAGCCCCCGCCCGCCCCCUCCCCAGCUCUGCCGGGCAGCACCGACCAGCUGAUCGCCUCGCCGCACCUAGCCUUCCCGGGCACCACCACGGGGCUCCUGGCUGCGCAGUGUCUGGGGGCAGCCCGGGGCCUGGAGGCCGCCGCCGCCGCCUCCCCGGGGCUCCUGAAGCCGAAGAACGGCAGCGGCGAGCUGGGCUAUGGAGAGGUGAUGGGCCCCUUGGAGAAGCCCGGGGGACGGCACAAGUGCCGCUUCUGCGCCAAGGUCUUCGGCAGCGACAGCGCCCUGCAGAUCCACCUGCGCUCACACACGGGCGAGAGGCCCUACAAGUGUAACGUCUGCGGCAACCGCUUCACCACCCGGGGCAACCUCAAGGUGCACUUCCACCGGCACCGGGAGAAGUAUCCGCACGUGCAGAUGAACCCCCACCCGGUGCCGGAGCACCUGGACUACGUCAUCACCAGCAGCGGCCUGCCCUACGGCAUGUCCGUGCCGCCGGAGAAGGCGGAGGAGGAGGCGGCCGCGGGGCCGGGUGCGGGUUCGGGCGCGGAGCGCAAGCCCCUGGUGGCCGCCACCGCCGCGCUCAGCGCCACCGAGAGCCUCACGCUGCUCUCCACCGGCGCCGGCGCGGCCGCGGCGCCCGCGCUCCCCACCUUUAACAAGUUCGUGCUCAUGAAGGCGGUGGAGCCGAAGAGCAAAGCCGAUGAGAACACCCCUCCGGGGACCGAGGCCUCCGCCCUCGCAGGGGUGACCGAAAGCGGCGCGGCCACGCGCAUGCAGCUGAGCAAGCUGGUGACGUCCCUCCCCAGCUGGGCCCUGCUCACCAACCACUUCAAGUCCGCGGGCAGCUUCCCCUUCCCCUACGUGCUCGAGCCCCUGGGGGCCUCGCCCUCCGAGACGUCGAAGCUGCAGCAGCUGGUGGAAAAGAUUGACCGGCAGGGAGCCGGAGCCGGGGCCGUGGCCUCCACUGCCUCGGGAGCCGCCACGACCUCUGCCCCCGCGGCUUCGGCCUCCGCUUCCUCCUCGGGACCCAACCAGUGCGUCAUCUGCCUGCGGGUGCUGAGCUGCCCGCGGGCCCUGCGCCUGCACUACGGCCAGCACGGAGGCGAGCGGCCCUUCAAAUGCAAGGUGUGCGGCAGGGCCUUUUCCACCCGCGGCAACCUGCGCGCUCAUUUCGUGGGCCACAAGGCCAGCCCGGCCGCGCGGGCCCAGAAUUCCUGCCCCAUCUGCCAGAAGAAGUUCACCAACGCGGUGUCUCUGCAGCAGCAUGUGCGGAUGCACCUGGGGGGCCAGAUCCCCAACGGGGGUAACCCGCUCCCUGAGGGUGGCGGAGCUGCCCAGGAGAAUGGCUCUGAGCAGUCUGCUCCAGUCUCCGGGGCGGGGGGCUUCCCCCAGCAGCCGUCUCAGCAGCCGUCCCCAGAAGAGGAGUUGUCCGAAGAGGAGGAGGAGGAAGAGGAAGAAGAGGAAGAUGUGACUGAUGAAGAUUCUCUGGCAGGAAGAGGCUCAGAGAGCGGAGGUGAGAAGGCGAUAUCAGUGCGAGGCGAUUCUGAAGAGGCGUCUGGAGGAGAGGAGGAGGUGGGGAUGGUGGUGGCGGCAGCCACAGCUGGGAAGGAGAUGGACAGCAAUGAGAAAGCAAUCCAGCCUCCUUCGAUGCCGCCGCCACUGCCACCGCCGUCAGACAGCCUGGAUCAAACACAGCCGAGGGAGCAGGGGGCCAGUGAUGUUGCAGAAGUCGCAGAAGAGGGGGGCAAACCAGAGAGGAGCUCAAGCCCAAAGGCAGCCCUCACCCUCGAAGGGGAAGGCAGUAGCACCACCACCUUGGUGGAGGAGCUGAGCGUGCAGGAAGCGAUGAGGAAGGAGCCAGGAGAGAGCAGUAGCAGGAAGGCCUGCGAGGUGUGUGGCCAGACCUUCCCCACCCAGGCAGCUCUGGAGGAGCAUCAGAAGACCCACCCCAAGGAGGGGCCGCUCCUCACUUGUAUUUUCUGCAGGCAGGGCUUUCUCGAGCGGGCUACCCUCAAGAAGCAUAUGCUGCUGGCUCACCACCAGGUACAGCCCUUCGCCCCUCACGGCCCUCAGAAUAUGGCUGCGCUUUCCUUGGUCCCGGGCUGUUCUCCCUCCAUCACUUCCCCAGGGCUCUCCCCCUUUCCCAGAAAAGAUGACCCUACAAUCCCAUGAGCCUGUUUUUUUGUUCCUGCUACCCUUUGACCUAGUUUGCAGAAACAGCUCUGUAGAAGGACCUCUAAGAUGUAAGAGGUCUUUAUUUGUCUUUUUCUCUAAUUUCUUACAUAGUAUGACCCGAGUGGUUUUUCUCUAGUCCCCGAGCUUGGAAAUCAUGCUCACAGGAGGAUGACCCCCUGAGGAAUUUUUCUUCUCCAUUCAUUGUACCAGAGGGAAAUAGAUUCUCUAAAGCUUUCACACUCCCAAGGGAAACCCUCUCCAGCUUCCCUGGGGUGACCCUUCUCCCCUCCCCUCACACUCCCUUUCUCUUGGGCAGGUGCCCCUGAGCACCCACAUUGGGAAUUGCAGCCCAAAAGGGACCAGCACCUUUCCCUGGAGGGCUCAGGGCCACUCCUCUCUGGUGACCAGGUCAACCUGCAGGGCUUCUUCUCCCAAGACAUUCCUGCCCAGCUGGGGAGGGUGGGUCUCCUGUCUUUCUGGAACUAGAACAUGCCUUUCCUGUCCGGUGACCUGCCCACCCAAACCUGGGAGUUCCAAAUCCACUUCCACUACCACUUCAGCACCACCAGUGCUAUUUGGUCCAAGAGCUGCGGCUGGGCACAUGCCUCCAGCAACAGGAUUCAGAGAGGCUAAGGAGAAAAGAGCCUGCAUCCAGGGCAGUGCCUGAACAGCUUAUCGUGGAAGUAGCAACCUGUGCAUUCCCUCCCCCUGCUCCAAAAGGUGCUAGCAAUGAAGGUGCAGCAAUAUCUGUAUCUGUGGCUCAGCCCUGGAGGGUAGGGAGAAAUCAAGGGUAUUUAUACUCUUGCCAGUAAGCUUGAUAAUCACAUUAAGGCAAAGGUGGAUAUGCUAAGACAUAUCCAGCUUCUCAUAUUCCUUCAUCAUUGCCUCUCCAAGUUAGGAAACAAGUGGAUUUCUUGCCAAGAUGUCUCCCCUUGGAAUACUUUGGGAAAUGUGACGUUAGUUCACAUCUUUAAUAAGCACUGUCGGUGAGGACAGUUGAAGAUGUAAUGGUGGAGCAUGGAGGCGUAUUGCUGACCUACAGGGCUUUAUAGGGGGAACCUUUGUGAUUAAGAAAGGGACAUGAUAUAAGGGAGUGGGCCCCGAAUUCUUGAUUGGAUGGAUCCCAUGGAUGUGCUUUUGGACUAAGGGUGACUUACUGUGCAGCAGGGCACCAUGGAUCAUGGGAGAGUUCCUAGCACUGGUGUGCUUCUAGUUUUAGAUUACUCCCUCCUUUAUUCCCUGGCCCCUUGUACUUUCAUCCUCUUUCCCUCUCAAAGCCCAUUUCCCCCCCUUUUUGCCUGUCCAUGGACUGGGGGCUUAUGUCUUUGCUACUAUCUGGUUCUGAGAGUCCCAGACUUUGGGGGAUGAGCUCCAGAUGGUGUCCUCCCUGCCUCUCCGUCUUAUCAUGAGAUGUAGUGUUUACUCUUAACCUAGGAUCAUUUGGAACAGUUCUGAGGAGGAGAAAGUGCUGGUUCGGUUGGUGACUGACUCGAAUGAUGGCUUCUCCUCUGAAGAUGUAGGCUCCAGAGCUUCCUAACAUAGAAAAAUGUGGAGAGCAGACAAGGGAAAUGUUAGUGUCUUUCCCUUUUCAUUAAAGGUGUUUUAACCAAA